UUUCGGGAGCUUUUGAUCCUCCUAAACCGCAACUGCGCGCAGAAGAACUUCAUCCCCUCGCGCUGGACGGUUUCCCGCGACACUGUGGUCUAUGCAGCUGCCGCACUCCAGUCAGCCAUUGCGGAGAUGCUGGCGAAGGAGGGGGAGUUGGGGUGCAGGGUGUCGUUCACCAUCGACAUGUGGACGGCACCCAACAACAGGGCAUGGCUAGUGGUGACUGGUCACUGGGUAGACGAGAACUUCCAGCUGCGCACAAUGGUGUUUGAGUUCCGCGAGAUUCACGGGCGGCACACGGGCAAGCAGAUGGCGAGGGUGGUAGAGGAGACGGUGGUGCAUUGGGGGUUGGAGGGGCGCUGUCUUGGUUUCACCUCAGACAACGCCUCUAGCAACGUUGCUGCAUUCAGGUGGAUGUCGGAGGAGGGAGGUGGUCAGUGCUUCUUCAACUCGCGCAUGCACUUCCGGUGCUUGGCACACGUGAUCAACCUUGCAGUGAAGGCAGCUCUCGCAGUGGCUGCCAUCCGCAAGUUGUUGCGGAUUCUGAGAGAGAUGGCGUCGUGGAUUGGCUUCUCUCCGCAGCGCUCAGGGAAGUUCUUGGGCCUUCAGCGGACCCUGAACGCGCAGGCCAACCCCGCCAAACCGAAGCCGGCGUUGAAGCUGGUGCAGGACAGUCCCACGCGCUGGGGGUCGACCCACGACAUGGUCGAGCGAGCUGGGGUUCUGCAGGAACCCAUCACUGUCUUCUUUGCCCAGACAAAGGGACUGUCGAAGGCUGACAAGGCGAAGGUGGAUAGCCUGCGCCUAACGGACGCAGACUGGGAGACUCUGCAUGCUGUCAAGACGUUCCUCAGCCCAUUCGCAAAAGUCUCAAAGGCGGCGGAGGGUGCGGCGUACCCUACAGUGGCGAUGGUGCUGCCGUACUACAACGGCCUGAUCGACGUUAUGGAGUCGCGCCUAGCCAAGGGGCCAUCGGCUACGCUGAAGCCGAUGAUUGAGGCAGCGCUGGGUCUCUUGAAGAAGUAUGAACUGAUGUCCAGCAACGAGUUGUGGAUCGCCACCUUCCUGGACCCUUCCAUGAAGGCGGCGUGGUUCGACGACCCGCACUGGGAGACGCUGCAUCCCGAGACCGACCGGAGGGCGAGGCCGCGUCCCUCGUCAGGCGAGGUGAUCCAGCUGGUACGCGACCGCGUGACCGAGUACCAGGCCCGGGCUGCAGCGCUUGCACCUCGGCCGACCCCACUUGCCACUGUGACGGAGGAGGAGGAGGGGGACGCGGCGGAUGACGACGAAGACGCGCAGUUUCUCCCGAGUCGCCGACGACUAGCGGCGCGUCUGUCAGCGAGCCAGGAGGCGGGGAGGGGUGGGAUGGUGCAGGAUGACGAGGUUAGCAGGUACUUAUCUGAGAGGGUGCGGUGCGACGUGUCAGCGCUGGAGUAUUGGCGCACCGCCACCAACAUGCAGACGCUGAGGCGCAUGGCCCGGGAUUAUCUCGCCAUCCCUGCCACGUCCGCUUCGAGCGAGCGCGUGUUCUCUCUCGGCCGCAACCUCAUUUCCUGGAAGCGGCACCGCCUGGCCUCUCAGAGGACGCGAGCUGUCAUGAUUCUCAAAUCAUGGUACAGUUCACACCCUGGACAGAGGAUAGGCGAGGGCCGCCGUGCAAAGGGCGUCGCACCGCCAGAGUUCGCCAUUGAAGGCGAGGGGGAGGAGGAGGACGACGAGGAGGAGGAGGAGGGGGAGGAGGAGUGGGAGGAGGAGCAGGAGGGGGUGGGUGCUGGCGACACCGCUGGCGGGGAGCAGGCUGUUGUUGCUUCCUUGCAUCUGCAUGCAAGCUCACACCCCUUUCCCCCUCUGCCGUCUUCUCCUGUCUCCCCCCCCCCCGCCCGGCUCAUGCACCAGGUGGUGUUUCAAGACGAGACGCUCGCGCUGCUGUACGAGAACUCUGCUAUCUCCCAGGAGCACCUGCCCUCGCAGCCAGGCAAGCACUGCUCUCGCAGCCAGGCAAUCUCUUGUGGCUCUCAGGCAGGCAAGCACUUUGCAGCCAGAGUUGGCUCCAAGCACACACAUCCCGCAGGAGCGCAAGAGAGCAGCACAGCACCUCCUGCUAGGAUGAGAGGUCUGUUUAAGACGGAAGAACAGAUACCCAAGUCGCUCCAGGCAGUUGGACACAAGUGCUCCAGGCAUAGUGCGGCGCACAGUUGGGCACGGGUGGCCCUGGCAGUAUUCUCUGACUCGUCCUCAGCACUCCUCCCUUCACUCCCUUCGUCUCCCCACCUCACACCCCUUCUCCAUCCCCUCUCCCCCUCCGCCCACCUCUUUCUCGCCUCUUUCAUGCGUCGUGUGGCGCACGCUUGGACUGCCAGUACGCAUAGUGCAGCGCACAAUUGGACUGGUUCACUACAUGCAGAAACCCUAACCGACCUAUCCCCGUGUCUCUUCCCCCACACACCCCCUCUUCCCCUCCUCCCUCCAGGCAUAGUGCGGCGCACAGUGGGGCUCGGGCGCUACAUGCAAAACCGGCUGGCGCUGGCGGCGUGUCUGUUUGGGCCGGCAAGGGAGGUGCUAUCUGCCAAGUUCCACCGCUCUCAGGACCUGCUGCCGCCCGAUGACGUGUACGAGGCCCUUGAGCACGUCAUGGUUACUGUUACCAACCAGGUGGGAGUGGAUGUGAACUACGCAGCACAGGAGGCGCAGGAUUGGCUCUUUGCGCCGCUGCAGUUUGUGUGCGGCCUCGGACCCAGAAAGGCCUCCACGCUCAAAAUGCGCAUACUGGGGGAGGGCGUGGCGAGGCGGCGCAAGGACCUCAUCGACCCGCCCUUCCUGCUGGACCAGGUGGUGUUCAUCAACGCAGCAGCGUUCAUUCGCGUUCGCGGGCAGGAUGACAUGCUGGAUGACUCUCGGAUCCACCCAGCAGACUACCGCCUGGCGCUCAAGGUGGCAACAGAUGGCUACUGCGAGGCCCACCGCGGCAUGACUCCGCACAGCGUGGAGGAGCGCGGCAUAGAUGUGGUCCUCGAGGCUCGGGACAACCCGGACCUGAUCCGCAGGCUCGAUUUCGAGGACUACGCGGUGAUGCUGGCUCGGAAGGGGCAGGGCGGGCUGAAGGAGAAGCUGCUGCUGAUUCGCCGGGAGCUCAUGCACGGGUUUGCCGAGUGCCGGGUUCAGUUUGAGUCGCUGAAUGCAGACGAGCAGUUCUGGCUGCUGAGUGGGGAGACUGAGGAGAGUCUUGCGGUGGGGAAGGUGGUGACUGCGACUGUGAAGCGAGUGUUGAAGUUCAAGGUGUUGUGUGCGUUGGAGAGUGGUGUGCUGGGCGAGGUGGACCGGAGGGAUUUCAGUGACGAUCCGAAUGUGGAGUUGAGGGAUGUGGUGACCGAGGGGCAGCCGCUGACAUGCCGCAUCAAGGAAGUUAAGACCGAAGAGGCCAAGGUGAUCCUAACAUGCAAGGGCAGCGACCUGAGGAGCAGCGAGUGGAGGGAGUUGCGGCAGUGGGACCCGUAUUACCAGCGCGCUGCAGUGGAGCAGGAGGAGCAGGCGGCAACGGAGGAGAGGAAGCGCAAGGAGGAGGGGAAGCGCAAGACCGCCUUCCGCCCCCGCAUGAUCACCUACCCGCUCUUCCACAACGUGUCUCUUGAAGGCGCUAAGAAGGUCCUAGCGGACAAGGAUGUGGGCAGCGUUGUAAUCCGUCCCAGCAGCCGUGGCCCCACGCACCUGAGCAUCACCAUGAAGCUGCCAGACGGCGCCUUCACGCACGUGGACGUGCACGAGGGGGGCAAGGACCGCACCUCCGCCACCAGCUUCCUGCGCCUUGGCCGCACUCUUACUAUCGGGGAUGAGAGCUACGAGGACCUGGAUGAGAGCUGUCAUCUUGCUGCAUUCACACACGUGGAUGUGCACGAGGACGGCAAGGACCGCACCUCCGCCACCAGCUUCCUGAGCCUCGGCCGCACGCUCACCAUUGGGGAUGAGAGCUACGAGGAUCUGGAUGAGGCGGGUUCAACGGGUGAGUGUGUGUGUUGUUCCUCCUGUGCCGCCACCCUCACCAUUGGCAACGACUUCUACAAGGACCUGGACGAGGUGAAAAGUGAUGCGCGCUACAUCGAGCCGCUAGCAGCGUGCAUGCGGGACCUGGCAGCAUACUGCAAGUUCCGCCUCGGUUCCAAGGGCAACAUGGACGCUCCUCACCACCCCUCCCCACUCCUCUCAACCCUCUCCACCUUCUCUCUCCACCAGGUGAUGGCGCGCUACAUCAAGCCGCUAGCAGCGUGCAUGCGGGACAAGGCGACAUACUGCACGUUCCGCCUCGGAUCCAAAUCCGACAUGGACGCCCUCGUGCCUCACCACCCCUUCCCACCCCUCCCCACCCCUCCCCACCCCUCCGCACCCCUCUCCACCGCUCUCCACCAGGUGAUGGCACGUUACAUCGAGCCCUUGGCAGCGCGCAUGCGGGACAUGGCGGCAUACCGCAAGUUCCGCCAGGGCUCCAAAGGCGACAUGGACGCCCUAGUCCGCACCGACAAGGAGCGCGAGCCCGCGCGCAUCCCCUACUACCUCUCCCUCUCGCACGACCACCCCGGCGCCUUCAUGCUCACUUAUAUCCGCUCCGCCUCUGUCUCCGGCCGCCCCGUGCACGAGUAUAUCACGGUUUCGCCCGAGGGGUUUCGGUUCAGGAAGCACACGUUCCCAACGCCGGACCGUUUGGUGAAGUAUUUCCAGGCGCACUUCAAUGACCCGGUGGAGGGUGGCCAUGGGGCAGCGGGCGGGGGUGGUGGGAAAAGAGAGACGCCGCGCCGAGGAGCUUCUGGUGGUGGUGGUGGUGGUUUGGCUUUGCCCCCGCCACCCCCGAUACCGGCAGGGGGAAGGGGAGGUCGUCUGGAGACGGCGGUGGGAGUGGUUGGCAAAAUGCAGGUGGCUGGGGUGGUGAGGGAGGGGGAGGGGGGGGGGGAGGAUGGGGAGCUGGGAGCGGUGGUGGGUCGGGAGGAGGGUGGGGAGCUGGAGGGGCUGAUAGGGGGGGUGGCGCAAGAACUCCACUUAGGGGAUGAUGAUAUGGAAGGAAUCAGGGCCGCGUUCCUAGAAGCCCUUCUCACAGCGCUCCCUAAUCGAAGCUUAUCUCGUCGCCAACAGCGAAACAUGGCGUCGUCACUCGCCAGCUGUCCGCUAAAGGUCGCCAGCAGCGUCGCAGCUCCCGUCGCAGGCGACAGGACCAGCGCGGUCGCGUCGAGCAAUGCGGCCGUCGCCGUGCCGUUCGUCGGCCUCAAGGCCGGCAAGGACCUUCCCGGCGCUGCCAAGGCUUCUCAGGCGAAGAAGUCUGCCGACCGCAAGAUGCGGACCGUGUCGCGAUCAGUCGCCGCUGGACGCUCUCCCGUGAUCUGCAUGGCCGAGGGAGGCCGACAGGUGCCGCUGGAGGACUACCGCAACAUCGGCAUCAUGGCGCACAUCGACGCGGGCAAGACGACGACGACCGAGCGCGUGCUGUUCUACACGGGCAAGAACUACAAGAUCGGCGAGGUGCACGAGGGCACCGCCACCAUGGACUGGAUGGAGCAGGAGCAAGAGCGCGGCAUCACGAUCACGUCCGCCGCGACGACGUGCAUGUGGAACAACCACCGCAUCAACAUCAUCGACACGCCCGGCCACGUCGACUUCACGCUCGAGGUGGAGCGCGCGCUGCGCGUGCUGGACGGCGCCAUCUGCCUCUUCGACUCCGUCGCCGGCGUCGAGCCGCAAUCCGAGACGGUGUGGCGGCAAGCGGACAAGUACGGCGUGCCGCGCAUCUGCUUCGUGAACAAGAUGGACCGCCUGGGCGCCAACUUCUACCGCACGCGCGACAUGAUCGUCAGCAACCUGGGCGCCAACCCGCUCGUGCUGCAGCUGCCCAUCGGCGCGGAGGACGCGUUCCAGGGCGUGGUGGACCUCGUGCGCAUGAAGGCGAUUGUGUGGAACGGCGAGGAACUGGGCGCCAGCUUCGAGUACCUCGACAUUCCCGAGGACCUCCAGGAGAAGGCUGCCGAGUACCGCGCGCAGCUCGUCGAGUCGGUCGUUGAGCUGGAUGACGACGCGAUGGAGGCGUAUUUGGAGGGCGAGGAGCCGGACGAAGCCACCCUCAAGCGCCUCAUCCGCGUGGGCACGAUCGGGUCGUCGUUCGUCCCGGUGCUGUGCGGUACCGCGUUCAAGAACAAGGGCGUGCAGCCGCUGCUUGACGCGGUCAUCGACUACCUCCCCUCCCCGCUCGACCUCCCGCCCAUGAAGGGCUCCGACCCCGAGGAUCCCGAGAAGGCCCUCGACCGCCCCCCUAGCGACUCCGCUCCUUUCUCCGGGCUCGCGUUUAAGAUCAUGACGGAUACGUUUGUGGGUUCGUUGACGUUCGUGCGGGUUUACUCGGGCGUGCUGACGGCCGGGACGUACGUUAUGAACGCGAAUAAGAACCGCAAGGAGCGCAUCGGACGGCUGUUAGAGAUGCACGCGAACUCGCGCGAGGACGUUAAGAUCGCACGCACGGGCGACAUUAUCGCGCUCGCAGGGCUCAAGGAUACGAUCACGGGCGAAACGCUGUGCGACCCUGACGCUCCGGUGGUUCUCGAGCGCAUGGACUUCCCGGACCCAGUCAUUAAGGUCGCUAUUGAGCCUAAGACUAAGGCGGAUGUUGAUAAGAUGGCGAACGGUCUGAUUAAGCUCGCUCAGGAGGACCCGUCGUUCCACUUCUCUCGCGACGAGGAGACGAAUCAGACGGUCAUCGAGGGAAUGGGAGAGCUGCAUCUGGAGAUUAUCGUCGAUAGGCUGAAGCGCGAGUUUAAGGUGGAAGCUAAUGUCGGCGCGCCGCAGGUUAACUACCGCGAGAGUAUCGGCCGGCCGGUGGAGAUUAAGUACACGCACAAGAAGCAGUCGGGCGGGCAGGGCCAGUUCGCGGAGGUGGUGAUUAAGUUCGAGCCGCUGGAGCCGGGGAGCGGGUACGAGUUUAAGAGCGAGAUCAAGGGCGGGACCGUGCCCAAGGAGUAUGUUCCGGGCGUGGUGAAGGGGCUCGAGGAGUGCAUGGGCAGCGGCGUGCUCGCUGGGUUCCCUGUCGUGGACGUGCGCGCUACGCUUCUUGAGGGUUCAUACCAUGAGGUGGACUCCAGCGUACUGGCAUUCCAGCUGGCGGCGCGCGGCGCGUUCAAGGAGGGCAUGGGCAAGGCGUCGCCGCGGCUGCUGGAGCCGGUGAUGAAGGUGGAGGUGAUCACGCCCGAGGACCACAUGGGUGACGUCAUCGGUGACCUCAACUCGCGCCGUGGGCAGAUCAACAGCUUCGGUGACAAGCCGGGCGGCAUGAAGGUGGUGGAUGCACUGGUGCCGCUGUCAGAGAUGUUCAACUAUGUGUCCAACCUGCGUGGCAUGACCAAGGGGCGUGCCAACUACACCAUGCAGCUCGCACAGUUUGACGUCGUGCCCACCAACAUCCAGAACCAAAUCACCGCCAAGGCACAGGGCACCGCUGUCUAA